CUGAACUAGAGUGUUUUUCUUCUUCCUAAAGAGCGACAAGAGGAGAAAGUCCCUUAACGCCAUCACGGAUUCAAGAUUCAAGAGGAGAGACUAUGGCUGGAGAACUUGUGUCGUUUGGUUUACAAAAGCUUUGGGACCUAUUAAGUCAAGAGUGCGAGAGAUUUCAGGGAGUCGAAGAUCAGGUUACUGGACUAAAACGUGAUCUAAACUUGUUAAGCUCUUUUCUGAAAGAUGCAGAUGCAAAGAAACAUACAACCGCGGUGGUGAGAAAUGUUGUUGAAGAAAUAAAGGAAAUUGUUUAUGACGCUGAAGAUAUAAUUGAAACAUAUCUUCUAAAAGAAAAACUUGGGAAGUCAAGUGGAAUUAAAAUGGGUAUCAGAAGACAUGCUUGCAUUAUUUCAGAUCGCAGGAGAAAUGCAUUUGAUAUUGGAGGCAUACGUACGAGGAUCUCAGAUGUGGUUCGAGAUAUGCAGAGUUUUGGAGUACAACAAGCAAUUGUCGAUGGUAGGUAUUUGCAGCCUCAAGGUGAUAGAAAAAGGGAGAUGCGACAAGAGUUUGCUAGGGACUAUGAAAGCAAUUUUGUGGGGUUGGAAGCAAAUGUUAAGAAAUUGGUUGGAUAUUUGGUGGAGGAAGAUAACGUUCAAGUGGUUUCUGUAACCGGGAUGGGUGGUCUUGGUAAAACCACACUUGCUAGACAGGUUUUUAACCAUGAGGAUGUAAAACAUCAGUUUGAUAGACUAGCAUGGGUGUGUGUCUCACAAGAGUUUACACAGAAAUCUGUGUGGCAAACGAUCUUGCAAAAUCUCACAUCUAAAGAAAAGGAAGAUAAUAUCUUAAAGAUGAAUGAAGCUGACCUCCAAGAUGAACUCUUUCAAUUGUUGGAAUCAUCUAAAUCAUUAAUUGUCUUUGAUGACAUAUGGAAAGAGGAAGACUGGGACCGAAUCAAGCCACUAUUUCCACCCAAAAAAAGUUGGAAGGUCCUUACUUCUCGAAAUGAGAGUGUCGCAGAACAUGGUGGUACAACAUAUCUCAACUUCAAACCAGAAUGCCUAGCCAUUGAGGAUAGUUGGACACUUUUCCAAACAAUAGCAUUUCCAAAGAAAGAUGCAUCUGAACUUAAGAUCGAAGAGGAAAUGGAAGAUAUGGGAAAGCAAAUGAUCAAACAUUGUGGAGGUAUACCAUUGGCCAUAAAAGUGUUAGGAGGUUUGUUAGCUGCAAAGUACACAAUGCAUGACUGGAAAAGACUAUCAGGAAAUAUUGGAUCUCAUAUCAUGGAAAGAACCGAUAACAACAGUUCAAUAUACCAUGUAUUGUCUAUGAGCUUUGAGGAGUUGCCUAGUUAUUUGAAGCAUUGUUUCCUCUACCUAGCCCAUUUUCCAGAAGAUCAUAAGAUAAACGUGGAGAAAUUGUAUUAUUAUUGGGCUGCAGAAGGAAUGUCAGAACGUACACAUCAAGAUGGAGAGACCAUUCAAGAUGUUGGAGAGAGCUACAUAGAGGAGUUGGUGAGGAGAAAUAUGAUAAUUUGUGAAAGAGAAGUUACUACUUUGAGAUUUGGAAAUUGUCAUUUGCAUGAUAUGAUGAGAGAAGUUUGUUUAUUUGAAGCCAAAGAAGAAAAUUUCCUACAGAUUGCAGUAACAAGUGUAGGUACCGGCUCCUCGACUACAGACUCUCAAGCUCCUUGUAGAUCUCGCAGGCUUGUCUGCCAAUGUCCUACUACAUUACAUGUUGAAAGAGAUAUAAACAAUCCAAAACUUCGAUCUCUCGUGGUUCUCUGGCAUGAUGUUUGGGGAGAAAGUUGGAAGCUAUUAGGUACAAGCUUUACAAGGUUAAAACUUCUGAGAGUGUUAGAUCUCUAUUAUGUAGAUUUUGAAGGAAGGAAGUUACCUUCUGGCAUUGGAAAGCUCAUCCACUUAAGAUACUUGAGCUUACAAGAUGCUAAGGUAUCUCAUCUACCUUCUUUUCUAGGAAACCUAAUGUUACUGAUCUAUCUAAAUCUAGAUAUAGAUACAGAAUAUAUAUUUGUGCCUGAUGUCUUCAUGAGGAUGCAUGAAUUGAGAUAUCUUAAACUACCCUUCCAUAUGCAUAAGAAGACGAAGUUGAAUUUGAGAAAUUUAGUAAAGUUGGAGACCUUGAUUCAUUUCUCAACGUGGCAUAGCAGCUCAAAAGAUUUACGUGGUAUGUCUAGGUUGGUGACUCUAGCCAUCAGCUUAACUCGUGAGAACAGUAUAGAAACUCUAUCUGCAUCAAUAGGUGGACUGAGACACCUUGAAUAUCUUUGUAUAGUGGGUACAUCGUCUGAAAGAAUGACAGAAAAGGGAAUUGUAUUGGAUUUCAUCAAUUUAUAUAUGCCAAGGCAACAACACUUCCCUUCUCGGCUUACAUACUUAAAGCUAAGUGAGUGUUGUUUGGAGGAGGAUCCAAUGCCGAUCCUAGAGAAGCUGCAUCACUUGAAAGAGGCUACUUUAUUGAAAAACGCUUUCUGUGGGAGGAGGAUAGUUUGCUUGGUCGGUGGGUUUCCUCAGUUGCAGAAACUUGAAAUAGGUGGACUAGAUAAGUGGGAAGAGUGGAUAGUAGAAGAAGGCUCCAUGCCCCUUCUUCAUACUCUAAGUAUUUUGGAUUGUGAAGAGUUAAAAGAGAUUCCUGAUGGGCUGAGAUUCCUCUAUUAUUUAACGCUUCUGAAGUUGGGCACCCAAUGGAAGAAGAAGUUGUCGGAAGGAGGAGAAUAUUAUUACAAAGUCCAACAUGUUCCUUGUGUUGAAUUUAGGGGAGCCUACUGGUGCUCACCAGUUACAUAGUCUGUCAUACCAGAUGAAUCCAAGCAAAUGUCAGAUCAAAGUAGUGUUGUAUAAAUCAGACUUAAUGAUUGUUGCUGGAGUCUGAUGACGGAAGAACAAAAACACUUUGCGCUUCAUAUCAACAUUUGCUUCUUCUUUAUUUAUUUUUGAUGGUUUGAUUUAUGAUGAUCAGUGAGUCUCACUGGAUAUUUUGCUUCCUUUUUGAGCAUGCUUGUUUCUCCUUAGGAACACUUUUAAUUUGUUCUGUUCAGCUGUGUGU